AAGCAGCAAGCAAGGAUGGAUGUGGACAGCCUUCUCUUGAAUGGAAGCAACAUGACGCCUCCCUGCGAACUGGGGAUCGAAAACGAGACGCUUUUCUGCUUGGAUCAGCCCCAUGCUUCCAAAGAGUGGCAGCCAGCCGUGCAGAUUCUCUUGUACUCCUUGAUAUUCCUGCUCAGUGUGCUGGGAAACACGCUGGUCAUUACGGUGCUGAUUCGGAACAAGAGAAUGAGAACGGUCACCAACAUCUUCCUGCUCUCCCUGGCUGUCAGUGACCUCAUGCUCUGCCUCUUCUGCAUGCCAUUCAACCUCAUCCCCAACCUGCUCAAGGAUUUCAUCUUUGGGAGCGCUGUCUGCAAGACCACCACCUACUUCAUGGGCACCUCUGUGAGUGUCUCCACCUUUAAUCUGGUAGCCAUAUCCCUGGAGAGAUAUGGUGCAAUUUGCAAACCCUUACAGUCCCGCGUCUGGCAGACAAAAUCCCACGCUUUGAAGGUGAUUGCCGCUACCUGGUGCCUCUCCUUUACCAUCAUGACUCCGUACCCGAUUUAUAGCAACUUGGUGCCUUUUACCAAAAAUAACAAUCAGACCGCGAACAUGUGCCGCUUUCUACUGCCAAAUGAUGUCAUGCAGCAGUCCUGGCACACCUUCCUGUUACUCAUCCUCUUUCUUAUUCCUGGAAUUGUGAUGAUGGUGGCAUAUGGAUUAAUCUCUCUGGAACUUUACCAGGGAAUAAAAUUCGAUGCUAGCCAGAAGAAGUCUGCUAGAGAAAGGAAACCGAGCCCCGGCAGCGGCGGCAGAUACGAGGACAGCGAUGGGUGCUACCUGCAGAGGUCCAAGCCCCCAGGGAAGCUGGAGCUGCAGCAGCUGUCCACCAGCAGCAGCGGCAGGCUCAGCCGCAUCAGGAGCAGCAGCCCCGCCGCCAACCUGAUGGCCAAGAAGCGGGUGAUCCGCAUGCUCAUGGUCAUCGUGGUUCUCUUCUUCCUCUGCUGGAUGCCCAUCUUCAGCGCCAACGCCUGGCGGGCCUUUGACACCGCCUCUGCCGAGCGCCGCCUCUCCGGGACCCCCAUCUCCUUCAUCCUCCUGCUCUCCUACACCUCCUCCUGCGUCAACCCCAUCAUCUACUGCUUCAUGAACCAGCGGUUCCGCCUCGGCUUCAUGGCCACGUUCCCCUGCUGCCCCAGCUCUGGGCCCCCAGGAGUGAGAGGGGAGGCGGGGGAGGAGGUGGAGAGCAGGACCACCCGGGCCUCUCUGUCCAGGUGCUCGUACAGCCACGCGAGCGCCUCUGCCCCGCCCCCGUGA